AUGGGAACUAACCCAAAAAGGACAGUGACAGUCCAGAUGGUGCCUCAGCUGGCUGUGGUGGACACGCUGGGCAAUAAGGAGUCUAAUGCCAACUGGACUAAAGAGCCCAACCUCAAACUCUCACAGGUUUGUCCAAAACCCACCCUCACAUCUCCGGACCACAAACAGGAUAACUUAUCCCUGACUGCUGCUCCCACUAACACCAUCCCACAUACCCAAAAAACAGCUUCCAAGGGAGUUCCGGCCAAUGGAAACCAGACAAAAUCUGAGCUUGUGACAGGUGGAGACCAACAGAUGCCAGACCUGUCUCUAACAGGCCAAGGUGUGGGUGAGGCAGGAGGUGACCAGAGGGAUUCUAACGCUAAUAUGAAAAUGUUAAGCCUGCCUGAUGAAAAGGAAAUGUGUAAGGACGGCUUAUCAUCUGCUGCUACAGUGUCAAAGGUCGACAUGCGAACCAAUGACUGCAGAAUAAAAGGGCCAAGUGCAGCAGAGGAAGAGUGUGCAAAGCUGACAUCCUCAGCCAAAGCCACUGCAGCAGAGUGCAGUAAUAAACAUGUUUCUCCAAGUAAUAAAAAUCUUAACAAUGCUUGUGAAUUAAGGCAAACAGCAUCUGCACCCCAACAGGAGAAUAAAGGGGGUAUAUCAACUCCCCAAAACAAGGACACUGCCACAGCACAGGAAUCUAAAGAGCCUGAUCAUACACAAAGUUCCUCACAAAGCUCCGUCAGUCUGCAGGAGACUCCCAAACCUCAAAAAAGCGUGGAAACUACAACCCAACGUAGCUCUACUACACCUCCAUCUAACAUCAAAGAAGCAGAAGCCGCAUCUAUAAAUAAGAAUCUGAGUUCAACUUUUCCAGAGAAGGAUUUACAACCAGCAAAGAAACAACAAGUCUCCUCAGAUAAACAUCAGCCAGUGUCUUCACAGAAGGACUCCUCCACUCAGCCCCAGGCCAUACAAAACAAGCCGGCAUACGGGCAGGUGAGUGAGGAAACCAGCCAGACUGACACAGCUGUCACUGAAGAGCUGCAGCAGCAGCAGCAGCACUGCAAGCUCUACAAGGAGGCUUCGACUAUGACCUCAUCCCUGUCAUCCACCCCAGUCAAGCAGUGUCAUGAUAUGGAGGUUCAAGCUGUUGCUAACACGGCCAGUAAGGCUGUGGCCACAAGUCCGAGCUUACUGCCCUUUGCUGUGACUCGCAGGCCGAGUGGUGGUGCAGUCCCCAGGGAGGAGGCGCAUAGCCUGGCUGUAGUCUGUCAGGUGGAUGGGGGUGUGGGUCUCCAUCAGAUAAGCAUGACUUCUCUAUCCACCUCUACUGAUCCAAGGUCAGAGAAACUCACAGUCGAGGCGGAGAUGUGCCACAACCAAAAUGCAGGCAUGGUUUUAAACUCUCUGUCCCAGCAGCAAGAUGCCAGGCUAGGGGCUAAGCCUAAAGAACCGGGGCCAGCUUUAUGCAACAUCCAGCCAGUUUAUCAAAUCAAUAUUGAACACAGCAACCACAAGGACCAAGGAGAGACAGGUAACUCCCAGCAUAAAACUGCAGCUCAGACAUCUGCAGCUAAAACAACCACUGCUGAAGCUCCCGCUUUCAAAUCAGGAACACCCCCAGAGACAGCCGGUGCUUCCAAGUCUGGAUCUGCUGACAGUAACAAUGCUGCACUGUGUCAGGCUGCUGUUACAACCAAGGCCGAAAAGGCCCUGCCAACAACAACAGCAGCAAACACCACAUCCAAGUCAGGUCUAACUAAAAACAAAGCUCAGAGUUCAAAAGAAAAGAGCAAGGAAGCUGGAGGCAAAGCCCUGACGAAGGAGACAAAUUCUGGCAAAAAGAAGAUAGAACCAGAGAGGAACAAAGAAGAGGAUAACCAGUCAGGGAAGCAGAAAGGAACGAGCGUCCAUGAUGUCGUCUGGGAUGAACAAGGGAUGACUUGGGAGGUUUACGGGGCUUCUGUGGACCCAGAAUCCCUUGGUUUUGCCAUUCAGAGCCACCUGCAGUGUAAAAUCAAGGAGCAAGAGAGGAAACUGAUGGUCCAGACCUCCUUCCGAAAGUCGAUCUCUGGUGUCGACUCGCCGGGACAGGGCAGGAAGAACAAAAGGAGGCAGCAGAACAUUUUCAGGUCAAUGCUGCAAAAUGUCAGACGGCCCAACUGCUGCGUGCGUCCCCCUCCCUCCUCCGUCCUCGAGUAGCACAGCACAGAGGUGGCCAAUGUCAGACUCCUCCCUUUUUUCCUAGAGGUCAAAAUGUUUGUCCUCUCCUCGUCAUGACUGCAAUGCCAAGUGAAACAUUAGUGGGGUGACGAUCCCUGUAAGUAAGUAAGUAUACUGGAAUGUUGUAGCAUAAAGAGGAAAACUACUUGUGAUGUUUGUGAUCAAAGAAGGUAGGACAUAGAAUUAUAAAAAUGAACAACUCAAGAGUUAUUUUCUAGAAAUAGAUAUUAUAAAAAAAGAGAGAAGACUUCUAACAGUUUUUAAAUAACAAAGGCAAUAAUAGUGAAACGCAUGUAUAUUAGUUGCAAUGGCAGUUGUAUGACCUAAAAUGAAGUCCAGACCCUCACAGUACAUGGCACUGAUCAUGGGAUAGACAUAUUACUUACUGUCAGAAUAUUUGUGCAAAUAUAUUAAACCAACAUCUCAUUACAUUCGGUGCAUUUGGUAUCUGUAUUUGAGAUGUUUUAGGGCCCUAUAUUUAUAAGAUUGCUGUAUUUUUUUCU